CAUAUUGUCCCUCUCGCCUCUAAUCUUGCCUGUAGUCAUAACGGCGCAACGGAUUCACACCGAACGACUCUUGAGACCGACGAGAAGUUCAUUGAAGAACUACAUUUCGACACAAUGAGAACUUUAUCACGCUUGUUUGCUAGUUUCCCACUUCUUGCUGCGUGUUUUCUGGCUGUUUCUGUCUCCACAGCGAGCGCCGACUUCUGCAAGGUAAAUGUGUGUUUGAACGGAGGUACCUGUGUGACCGGAGCAGGAACAGAUUCCUACAUCUGCAUUUGUGCUGACGGCUUUACUGGAAACACCUGCAACGAGACUCAGAUUGGCCCCUGCAACCCAAACCCCUGUAAAAACGAUGGAGUGUGCGAUAUCAUUUCCAACUCUCGGCGAGGAGACGUUUUCAGCGAAUACAUCUGCAAGUGUCCAGUGGGCUUCGAGGGAAUCCACUGCCAGAACAAUGUGAACGACUGUGCUGGUCAGCCCUGUCUAAACGGAGGCACCUGUCAAGAUCUUGAUGGUGACUUCAACUGUAAAUGUCCCUCGCCCUAUGUAGGAAAACACUGCAAUCUGCGAUGCAUCUCUCUGCUGGGAAUGGAAGGAGGAGGCAUCGCUGAGUCUCAGAUCUCUGCGUCUUCAGUGUACUAUGGCAUUCUGGGACUGCAGCGCUGGGGGCCCGAGUUGGCUCGACUUAAUAACAAGGGACUUGUUAAUGCUUGGACCUCUGCAACGCAUGACAAAAACCCCUGGAUUGAGGUCAACCUGCAGAGGAAGAUGCGCUUCACUGGCAUCAUUACCCAGGGUGCCAGUCGCAUGGGCACAGCCGAGUUCAUCAAAGCCUUCAAGGUGGCAUCCAGUUUGGAUGGACGAACCUACACCAUGUACAGACCUGAGGGCCAGAGCAAAGAUAUGAUUUUUGUUGGAAAUAUGGACAAUGAUGGGACAAAGACGAAUUUGUUCGAGCCUCCAAUCAUCGCUCAGUUCCUCCGGAUUGUUCCUGUGGUGUGCCGUAAAGCCUGUACUCUAAGAAUGGAGCUGGUUGGCUGUGAACUCAACGUGUAUUUGAACACGACAGGUUGCUCCGAGCCGCUCGGCGUCAAGUCUCGACUCAUCAGUGACCGGCAGAUGACAUCAUCCAGCGCUUUCCGCACCUGGGGCAUCGAGGCCUUCACCUGGCACCCGCAUUAUGCCCGUCUGGACAAACAGGGCAAGACCAACGCCUGGACGGCAGCUACUAACAACCGCUCCGAGUGGCUGCAGGUGGAUCUGCUCAGACCAAAGCGCAUCACAGGAAUCAUCACACAAGGAGCCAAAGACUUCGGCAAUGUGCAGUUUGUAUCGGCUUAUAAAGUGGCUCACAGUGACGACGGCCAAUACUGGACAAUACUCAAAGACAACAAGACCAAAACAGACAAGAUCUUCCCUGGCAACAGUGACAACAACGUGCACAAAAAGAAUGUGUUCGACCCGCCCUUCUACGCGCGAUUCGUCCGCGUGCUGCCGUGGGCGUGGCAUGAGCGCAUCACUCUGCGAAUGGAGCUGCUGGGCUGCGACGAGUAAACCCCGCCCACUUCUCGCUCAGCCUCUCCUCUCUAUUUCUCCUUCUCCCUCUUUAUACUUCCCUUCAUUCCUUCUUUCCUCAAAACACACCUGCACUGCCUCACUCUCAGCAACAGAGGGCACCAUCACCACACGAGCCAAACCACCACCAACAACACACUAAGCUCAAACCCACAGCGUCUGCCAGCCUUUCAAAAACAAUUCAUUACUUAUAUACAGUGUUCUCCGCUAAUAUUGGCAGUUUUGGUAAGUAAAACGAUAUUUAAAAAUAUAUAUUUAUACAUAUUGGCAUUGGUAAAUAUGAGCAAAGAAAGCUAGGGUGAAAAUGAGUGAGUUUGUCUUUAUAUUACCUCAUAUUUAUAUAUAAAAGGUUAAAUAUCACUGUGAAUAUACUUAUUCAUUGAGGUUACAAUAAUUGUGGCACAAAAAUGUGACCCUAGACCACAAAUCCAGUCAUAAGAGUCUUUUAAGAGUUUUUUUUUUUUAUUUUAUACAUUAUUUAAAUAUAAAUAAAUUAGCUUUCCAUUGAUGUUUGGUGUGUUGAGAUAGGACAAUAUUAGGCCGUGAUACAGCUGGUAUAACAUCUACAAUCUGAGGGUUAAAAAAAUUGUAAAACCCAGUAAGUUAAGGUAACUCAAACCAUUUGAAGAAACAGAUUGCAACAAACCAUUUAAGUUUAAAAACUAAUCCUAAUGAGAACUGUGAACUGAAUCCAUUUUAAUAAAUGGAUCAGUUUAAGCACAGUAAAACCUGAUAAAUGAAGAGAACUCAAACCAACUGAGUACUGUAAAACCCAAUAAGUUAGGGCAACUCAAACCUUUUGAGGAAACCGAUUGCUACAAACCAUUUGAGUAAAAAAAAACGAAUCUAUAUGAGUACUGUGAACUUACUCCAUUUCAGUUAAAGUAAUGAAGUAUUUAAUUAACUAAAUACCUUCAACACUGAGUUAAAACUCUUGUUAAAUGAAUAUAAUUAAUUUUCAGUAAUUUUUUAGUUAACUACACAUUUCAUUUGAUCAAGUUGACUGUUGGGUUUUACAGUGUAGGAAAUCUUCAUGGAACAUUAUCUUGACUUAACAUUUGAACAAUUUUGGGGAUAAAAGAAAAUGUAUAGUUUUGUCAGGCCAGUAGCCAGCCUGAUGAAAGGGGUGGUUCUUUUUUCUCAAAAAGUUUAUUAUUAUUAUUUUUUUUUGCAGUUAUUCUCCUCAUUUUGUAUGUAUUUGUGAGGUUUAAAUGCUCCAUUCAGGGACAUUUUAAGCACUAUUUUCAGCUGGAUUGGCUUGUUGGAUGAUCAUCAAUGCCGCAAUUUUUGAUGUACCAAAAAUAUUUUCUAAAAAUUUAGAAUCAAGAAACAUGGAAAAAAUAUUUUUAAAAGACAAUUUUAUUACAUCAUAUAUCCGUAGAAAAAGAAGUGCAGCCUAUUGUCAUUUAUUAGGCAAAUAACAAACUGGCCAGCACAGCUUUCAUCAGUGAGAAUUUGGCCAUUUGAAUAAAAAACAUUUAAAACAUCAUAUAAUUAUUGUUUAGUUUCAAAUCUGAAAUUUCAUGAAUAACAACAAAAGCCUAAUUAGUAUUCAAAUUAAUUGCUUUGUACCUUUUCAUUAAUCAUUUUUUCUUUCAAGAAUAGGGUCCACGAUUUAGAAUAAAGUUACUUGUAAAAUGUUUUCUGUAUUUAACUACACAGUAGUUGACUUCAUUUACGUCACAUUUUGCUUGGUUUUUCCCCACAAUUUAUAAUGACAUAGCAGUCAAAAUAGGACAUGUAUGGGGCAAAUUCUGGACCUUUGUCGGUGGGGGGUGGGUCUUUUGAAGCACCCGACCCCCCCAUGGCUUUGGACCUGAUUUUUAUUAUAUAAAAUGUAUCUUUUUUUUGAUAAUUUGUUGAGCAAAAAAUUAAACAAAAAUACGUAUUUGCCAAAGGUGCCAAUAUUAAUGGAGGACGCAUUAUAAGUGACAAUUCACCCAAAAAUGAAAAUUCUAUCAUCAAUUAUUUGUUCCAAACCUGUUUGAGUUUCUUUCUUCUGUUGAAAAAUAAGAUGAAGAAUCUUGGAAACCAGUAACCAUUGACUUCCAUAUUGUUUUUUCUCCCAAAUAACAUUCUUCAUAUCUUUUUUUGUGUACAACUGAAGAAAGAAACGCAUAAAUGUUUGGAACCAUUUGAAGGUGAGUAAUUGGUAACGAUUGGUUUAAACUACCCCUUAUAUAUUUUUUCACCCCUAUAAGUAUUUCAGACCUACUUAUUAAACAGCCAAUCAGAAAGAAGUGAUCUUGUAAAUACCAAAAAAAGUAUCAGUUUAUUACUUUUCAUAUCAAUCAGUGUGUUAGUUUGCUUGUAAAUGCAGUUAAGCUGUUUUAUAUCCUACCGUAUGAAGUAGUUUGAAUUAGAUAAAGUCAGAAAAUAUUGUUGUGCUCUUUGCUGAUUUGUAUAUUAUGUAAUGAUAGCUAUAAUUUGAUCUGUUAGAAACAAUAUUUGCUUUAAAUCAAUUUUUUUUUACUGAACUGCCAUAUUUUAGGGAAAAUAAGUCACAGCAGGUCAAAAAUGAAUUUCUGAGAGGAAAAACAGUUGAAUAAGUGCAUAACUGAAUUGUUUUAUAAUUUAGGAAUUGACAUAAUUGUGGCUCAGUGGUUAGCACUGUCGCCUCAUAGCAGGAAGGUUGCUGGUUCGAGUUCAUACCAGCUGGGCCAAUUGGUGUUUCUGUGUGGAGUUUGCAUGGUUUUCCCAUGUUUCUCAGAGUGCUCCGGUUUCCCCCACAGUCCAAACACAUGCGCAAUCGGUGAAUUGAAUAAAGUAAAUUGUCCGUUGUGUGUGUGGGGGGAUGUAUGGGUGUUUCCCAGUACUGGGUUGCAGCUGGAAGGGCAUUCGCUGUGUAAAACAUAUGCUGUAUAAGUUGACGGUUCAUUCCACUAUGGCGACCCUUGAUAAAUAAAGGGACUAAGCCGAAGGAAAAUGAAUGAGUACACACACACGCGGGGCAUUUGAAAUCAGAUUUUUUGGAUUUACUCAAUUUAAUAUGUUUAUAAUUGUUUUUAAUUUGGUUUAGUUAGUUUUAUUCUACAAUGUUUUUAAAAAUAUAUAGUCUUGUUUUUUCCAAAAAUGACAAUUGGGCCAACUGUUUUCAUUUGUUGUGAUUAAAAAGAAAUCAGGAUUAUUCCAUCUAAUAUUGAUUUCCAAACUCUUCUGAAACUAAAACACUGAUAUUGUUAAACAUAUUUGUAAAGAAUCUAAUUAAAUAGCAUCUUGUAAACUUUCAGUUUCAAUUUUAACUUUUAUAAUAUAUAACUUUGUUAUUGUUGUUAAUUACCCUGAAGUGAUGAUAGAAAAACAGUGACUUAUUUUCCAGAAAGUACGGUAAAGCUUUUUUUACAACCUCAACUACAUAUAAAAUGUGACACUCAAUUGUCUAUUAUUAUUUGAUGAUUUUAUUUGAUUUUGGUGCCUCAGAUCUCAGGUGCAGUUGAAUCAAUUGCAGUGUGCUACUGAAUAUAUUCGAUUUUUUUUAGUAUAAUUUUAUAACACAUCAAUUCUGUUACAAACAAAAAACACCUUUAAAAGCCAAAGCGGUCUCAUAUUUCUUCUGUUAGCAAAUCUUUUUUAUAAAGGGCCACACAUUUACAGUAUAAGCUUUGACGUCCCAGUCAUAUAAUGAGAUGUAUGACGGGAGCAAAUCUAAUUUCAGGAUAAUUUCUACGGUGGCACUGAAUCUGGAAUAUGACCAUCCAAUUUCCAUAAUGUUUUUAAAAUGAUUGUAAUCCCCCCUCGGCCCCUGACGCAUCCACUCGAAUAAAUUUACACUUUUGGGCUUGUGCAAUAUGAUAUGAGUAUUAAUAUGAAUUUAAUAUUAAUGGAGCUUAAGGAGAAAAUAUACGAGCAGUAUUUUCUGUAGAGAUUUGGAGUGGUUUUCAAGGUAACAAACACUGAAGAAUAUUCUAAUAAUCCAGCAUGAUUUAGGCUGCAUGUUUGCUUUCGAUCGAGUCGUUUUCAUUGCAGUAAAGGACUUUAUUUCUAUUCAGUGUGCUUUUUUCUUUUUUGUAUUAUUUUUAAAUGCCUCACACUGUAUCACUACUCUUGUGUUCAGAUUGUUUAGAUGCAUUUCCUUGGUAUCUCUUUGAAAUAUUUUCCUCAUGUUUUCAACUGUAGAAAGAAAUAAAGAAUAUAGAUAUUUACAGUCUA